AUGGAGCGCACUGCUUCCGGCCCAAAGAGCCUCUUCCCACGAGGACCGAGCUUUACCCUCGACGACUUCUCUAACAAGGACUUCAUCGUUCGUGACUUUGUCGACAGUCUAGCAGAGAGCUCCGUACCCUCGAAUCGCCGGUCUGAUACUGCGCAAACACCUUUCGACCCAAAGCCCCUGAUUCGAACCUUUGAGAAUGCCCUCGAUCAACUUGGCUCGCUUGGGGCCGAGCUCCAGGAGAAGGAGUCGGAGCUCAUGUCGCAUGUGCGCCGCGCAGAGGUCGCCCACGAUGCAACACUCGAAACGCUAGGAGAGAAGCUCGACGAAUCUAUGCGGGCGUUUGAACAACUCGACCUCUCCCUUAAUCAGGAACACUCCUAUAAAAACGGAAUCGGACUCAAGUCACACGCUGGCGGCAAUGUUGCGCUUCAAAUCGGCGAGAAGCUCGAAGAUCUGGACAAGAAGCGACGACGUGCCAACGAUGCCAUAUUCCUAAUUCAGUGCUGGACAGAGGUUAGCGAAACGGGCAAGCUGUCACUAUUACAAGAUGUCCAGAGACAGGCCGGAUCUGAGCACAAAGUGCGGUGCGCCAUGAUUGUUCGACAGCUCAUGCGCAUCAGCCAGCGACUAGAUCCGACAUCAUGGGGCCAAACGAAUGGCCAACGAAAUGGAGGGGUUUCAAACGGCGUAGUGGGCAAUAUAAGACUCCAUAACACGAGAGAAGUGUUGGAAAAGUUUUGCGAGACGCUCGAACAAGAUCUUCUACAACAGUUCGAAAACAGCAACAAAAAGGGCAAUUAUAGCGACAUGAUGGAAUGCGCAAAGGUUCUGUAUGACUUCAACGGGGGUGCCAGCGUCAUCGCGACCUUUGUCAACCAGCACGCCUUCUUCCUGGACCGUGAUCAGCUGCUUGCCGACGAGGUUCAAGUGGAUAGCGAUACAUGGGAACAGUUGGCAGAUCCCGAUUCAGAACCACCAACGGUAGAACCAAGCUUACAGAACCUGCUGGAUGAGAUCAAGAUCGUCAUGCAGGACGAGUCCAACCAGAUCAAGCUCAUAUUCCCAUACUACGAAACAGUGCUCAUCAAGUUCAUUCAACGAAUAUUUCAACAGUCAAUCCAACAGAGGCUCGAGAUGGUAUUGGAUGAAACUCUAAAGAUUUCCUCACUGGCUUUCCUGAGGGCUUUGCACUCGUCGCGAACCUAUCUUGGGUCGUUAGUGGAAGACCUCAAGUCCCACGGUCUAACAGAACACCCAGAGCCUUGUUCAGCUCAAAUAGCACACACCCUCGACCAGCAGAUGGAAGAGCUUUUUGUGCCAUAUAUGAUAGGCAACUCCUACAUUGACAGGGAGAGGAAGAGCUUGGAGGAAAUGUAUAGCUCCCUGCUCUUCAAAUACAGCAUAUAUCAUUCAAGACGGAAGAAGGCUCCUACUGGGUUCAUGGCAUCGCUUGCUCAGCAGGGCACGCAGCUCAUUGCAUCCGCGAAGGAUGCCUACCUCGAGCGUCUUGACUCGUCAGAGCUUACAACCACGCAAAAGCGCAUGAUGUUGCGCGUUGCUGGUGUCCAAGAUAAAGACAAGGACAACAAGAACGAGAUCGAAGUCUCGGAGGAAGACGGUGCGUUGAGCGUUGCCAAUGCGAAACGUAUGCUCAAGUGGCUGGCUGAGAGUGUUCAACGUACACUUGAGCUUGGGUCCCAGACUGAUACUCCCAAGGAUGUGAAUACUCUCCUUAACCUGCUCUUGACGAGCCUGGGUCGGGUUUACGUCGAGACAACCCUGGACGCUGCUCUCGACUUGAUCUCUGUACAAGAAAACAUGAAAACCGAGCCUGAUCUAUCAUUCUUGCCAACAAUACAACCUGCUGUCACAAUCACAAGCCUCAUGGAUCGAUUCAUCACAGUCGUCCUCAUCCGGCUUGCGGAAUCAAAUACAACAGUCAGGCGGAGUAUGGAGGCACAGAAGAGGGUAGCCAUUAGUAACAUUGAAAAGAAGACAAACGAUGUCAUGAAGGGCACCAUUGACGUUAUUUCCAACUGGGUGACCAAGUCAUUGGCUGGUCAAAAGAAGCAGGACUUUCGACCAAAGGAGGUCGAACUCGACUCGCUACAGACUCAAACGUGUCUCAACAUCUGCACAUUCUUGGCCCGCGCCCACCGACUCGCUCGCCAAGCUAUCGAUGGCCAGAACUCGGAGAAGUUCUUUACUGAACUAGCCUUGGUGCUCCUCAAGCUUCUUUUUGAGCAUUUCAAGAAGUUCCAGGUCAACGCAACUGGUGGUCUCAUGGUAACGCAGGAUAUUGCAAAAUACGUAUCCACGAUGCGCGAGUGGCCUGUAACCAAGGAGGUUGGCUCUGCCGUUGAGAUGCUUACUGAGAUCGGCUCGCUCUUCAUCGUCGGGCCCGAGGCACUGCGUGAAAAGACACGAACGCUGGCUGCAUCGGGCGGGAGGGGGAAGUUGUCGAGGGCAGACUUCAGGGCCUUCGUACAGAGGCGUGAUGACUCGGGAACAGUGGGCAUUCAGGGCGUGUUGAGUGGCCUUUGA